UAAUCUCCCAGUUUGGCCGCUGGUUAAUCAUUUUGGGUUUGGGAACGAAGACGAGCCGAAACGCGCUUGUUAUACCAAAAUCAGCUUCUUUACGUUAUACUCAACACGUGGAAAAUUAUGUCAAAUCAGAUGAACACAUUUUACUGCUGGUAGUAAAUCCUAUCUGUAGUAGGAAAUACAAUAGAGAAACAAGAAAAAUAUUCGGUAUAACUAUAGAAAACGGUAGCCCAUUCUCCUUUUUAAGACGGUAGUAGUUUCUGAGCCUUUCCCGUUAUUCCCCCUUUCCACCUGUGCCAGGUGGAGCGCCGGAGGGGGCGUUUAUCACCGCCAGCUCACCGGGUUUCACGCAGGUCGCGGCUGGCGGAUCAGUUUCGCUCCUCCGCCGAAUCGAAGUGGACAGGCAAUCCCUCUCGGUUGCGCUCGCAAACAUGAUAUUGCGCUACUUCUUUUAUCUCUUUUUAUCGGCCACCGCCACCUGGGCCUUCUCAGUGUCCACGUCAACUCCUUCACUUAGUGUCCCAGAAUACCAAGGAGCUGAUUUGAAGUGCAGCUAUUCUGCGGAUUUUGGCACUCCACGGGUCGAAUGGAAAUUCAAGGAUUUGCAAGGGUCUCAGGUGUUUGUCGUCUUUGACAAUAAUCCCACUGAAAACUACAAAAAUCGAGUGCAGCUGUACAAAGACGGGCUGAUGCUGAAGCAGGUUACGCGCCGAGACACCGGGGAGUACUUCUGUGAGGUGUCCUCUGGCAGCAUAUACGGCAGCGCUGUAAUAAACCUCACUGUGGAAGUGCCGCCUUCUGUGCCGAUCUGUGGCGUCCCUUCAUCUGUGACCACAGGGUCAUAUGUGGUGCUGACCUGCCAUGACCCAGAUGGAUCUCCACCAUCUACUUACAAAUGGUUCAAAGACGAGGCCCUCCUGCCGGAAAAUCCCAACAUGUUCCAAGAUUUCAAGAACUUCAGCUACAUACUGAACCCCAAAGAGGGCACUCUGGCAUUUCCAUCAGUGACUAAAGCGGACACUGGCAGAUAUUACUGCAUGGCCAGUAACGGCAUAGGUCCCGUCCAGAGUUGUGCAGCCCAGAUGAUGGCUGUCCGUGAUGUGAAUGUGGGGGCCAUCGUGGGAGGAGUCCUCGUAGCCCUGCUGCUUGUGCUGUUGCUCGGACUUGGUCUGUGGUUUGCUUUCCAAAAAGGGUACUUGUCCAAAAAAGGUGACGGCAAAUACAAGGCUGGGCACAUUGGUCCCGUGGGAAGAGCUGUGGACAGAGAAGAUGAUGUUGAUUUUAAGCAAAAGUCAUCGUUUGUUGUGUGAAUUCUGCUGGAAUGGCAUGUUGGUGUGUGUGGCGGGUGGGGGGUAAUGAAGUUACUGUCAUGAAGUGCAAAGCUUCACUUAAAUGCUUUUACACAAAGGAGUGAUUUCUGCAGAUUAUCCGGAUCACCUCUCCAUGUUAAAUGGUUUACCGCAGGGUUUCUCAACCCGGUCCUCGGGGACCACCACACGGUCCAUGUUUUUGCUCUCUCCCAAUUCCCUGCCAAUUGGGAGAGAGCAAAAACGUGGACCGUCUGGUGGUCCCCGAGGACUGGGUUGAGAAACCUUGGUUUACCGUAUAAUCGCCCAUCAAUUCAUGUAUAAACCUACGGUUGUAUCAGUAUUGGUACUGUGAUGCAUAUUCAUUGGUCCAGGCUGUUGUAAUCAUUAGCUGCAUGGAUUCCAUGAGAACUGUUACUCCUACUGUGAGGGUGGUCCAUCAUUUCUGUAAUAUUUACUAGUUUUGAAACAUGUCCUAAAUAGUAUUUAGGUGCCUGCUGCAUAUAAGCAUUCCCUUUAUUGUCAUGCAUAAUCAUGUGAGUAAAUUUGAAAUUUUAUUAAAUUGUGUUUUAUUUUACUUGGUUUACUGAACACCAAAAAGUAAUUUCUAUUUCACUACGAUUUUCUUGUAUCCAUUACGUGAGGGACUCUUCGUUGCAUGGUAACGUUAAACGGCAGGCAAACACACAGUGAAUAGUUUACAGAGAGUAAACGAGAAGGCGGACCUGGACACGCACAAAGGCUCCGUUCAUCAGGAGCCGCGGCGGACACCGGCUGGGUACCAGACAUCGCUACGGUCUUUCAGAGACGUGGGAUUAAAUUCAAGGCAAAUAGUCAAUACGCGUGACUUAUGGCAAGAUAUAUUUUAUAAGAUGUAUUUUACAGCGCAGCAGUCUUCCUAUGAAAUACGCGAACAUAACGGAGAUAAAUGAAUUGUUAUCCGUAUAUUUAUGUGUUAUUCACGCCUUUUUAUUGCUCAAUGUAAUUUAAAUGAUGGGUUAGGUCGAUGACGAUCGAGUCCAACAAUGUAUUUUGCUGUCAAGUUCUGUUUCGAUCUGGUAGUUUUAAACAAAAAUAAAACUGAAAUGGUAAUGGA